UUUCGCGGGUCCGCCAUAAUAAGUACUGAGAACCAAUAACAACCAGCCAGCGUCACUGAGUUUUGUGAACUCACGCGAGCACGAUUACUCGCCAAGUUUCUCGACUGUGCCCCUGUGUGUCCCUGAAGACAAGUUCCUGAAUCCGGUGCACUUCAAUUUAUGUUUGAUAACCAAUUAGCCGUGCAUAGUAUGCCGUUAAUUUUGUGCGUUCACCUUCGUCAAACAUAGGUUGUUAUAUCACGUUUGUGAGCAAGUUCCCAUCAGCACGGCCGAAAUCAGGUAAAACCUGAAGCUAUUUUAGAAGGUGAUUUUACGAGGUUAGGAUGAGGAAGUAUUAUCAGUAUCUUCGUCCUGAUGGGAUAGUAGGUUAAUUAAAGGAAGCCAAUAUGACACUUUAAUGAGCUUAAGUUGCUGGUUAUCAAAGUGCUACGCCAAGAUUGGAAUAAUUGCUGAUGGACAGUUUAACUGUGGGGAUAAAGAACAGAUAGAAUACGUUCCGGAGCAGUGGAUAUUUAACUAAUACAAUUUUGUAACAAUGGAUGAUAUAGAUACAAUGAUGCAAGAUGAAGAUUUGAGUGGUCCACCAAAGCGUAAUGUGUUCAGUCAAGCAAUAACAAGAAUAUCGCAGAUUUACCAAAAUUAUCUUGAUCUUUGGACACCCCAUGCCAUAUCAAGGUGGAUAUUCGCUGUAUUCCUCUUAGCAUUAUUUCUCUUGCGUAUAGUACUCACACAGGGUUGGUAUAUUGUCACGUACGCACUAGGAAUCUACCACCUUAAUUUAUUCAUUGCUUUCCUCACGCCAAAAAUAGACCCGGCGAUGGACUUCGAUGACGGAGAAGGUCCUGAAUUACCAACGCGAUCAAACGAGGAGUUCAGGCCGUUCAUAAGGCGCCUACCUGAAUUUAAGUUUUGGUAUUCAGUCACGAAAUCAACACUGUUUGCCCUCGUUUGCACAUUAUUUGAUUGCUUCAACAUACCAGUGUUCUGGCCAAUUUUAGUAAUGUACUUUAUCACGUUAUUCUGCAUCACAAUGAAGCGGCAGAUAAAGCAUAUGAUAAAGUACCGAUAUCUGCCAUUCACGCAUGGAAAACCAAAGUAUCAGAAUCACGAACAAGGUUCACGAUUAACGGCUCCAAAGUGAAUAAAUUAAAUUAAUAGAUCACAGAAGAAGAGAAAACAGGAACCACAGAGAAAGAAAAAAAAAUAAAUUCAACCCAGAUGGGUAUAAAAGAUAAAAAACAAUCUUAAUGAAUAAAAGAAGUAUGCUUGUAUAUCGUA